CAAAGUUCAAAAUGGUGGAAAAAAUGUUAUGAUACUAAAUUUGUGUUAGGAUGUUAUUAACUCUUGCCCAGACAGCUACUCUGUUGAUAAAAGUUACUUACUCUGUCCUUCGCAGUUUGGUAUCUUACAUGUUUCCACCUAAUUUUAAGGAUAUAAGUGAAGAUGUCAUAUUGGUAACUGGGGGCGGAAAAGGAAUUGGCAAGAAGAUCGCCAUCGGAUUUGCAAGAAGACGCCCAUCACACAUUAUACUGUGGGGUCGUCAUGGAAACACUCUUGAACAAACAGAAAGAGAAAUAAAAGAACUGGGAGUGAAAUGUUCACACAUGAUCUGUGAUGUCAGCAACAAAGAAAAUAUCUAUGAUUGCGCCAAACAAAUCAAGGACACCAUCGGGGAUGUGACAAUUCUUGUCAACAAUGCUGGAGUUGUCUACGGCAACCAGAUACUCACCAGCAGUGAUGAUGAUGUUGUCAAAACACUACAGGUCAAUGUCAUCGCACAUUUCUGGACCCUGAAGGCAUUCCUGCCAGCAAUGAUAGACAACAACAAGGGCCACAUUGUGAGCAUCAGCUCAGUGCUCGGGCUCAUGGGAUUGAGCGGAGCUGGAGAUUACGUUAGUGCUAAGUUUGCCUCGACAGGGAUGGCUGAAGCUUUAAUUGAUGAGCUUCGUGUCCUGAACAAGACGGGAGUGAAGGUGACGAGUGUGCACCCAUACCACAUCGAUAACACAAUGUUUGAUGGGCUGGAGUCAAGAUUGUCCCGAUGGAUGAUUCCACCAUUAACGGAAGACUACGUGGCAGACAAGACAAUCCAUGCCGUCCUCACCAACAGGUGUAAAAUACUCAUGCCACGAAUUAUGUACUUCCUCACCUGGUUUAAAAAUGUGUCUCCCAUCGAUGUCACCAUUGCAUUCUCCCGCCUGACUGGAACUGACCGAGCUAUGGAUGGGUUCAAGGGUCAUGCAAGAGCCAGCUAAAUCAAUCAGAUU